AGGUAGGAGCAGGAGGUGUUUUUUUUCUCGUCGCAAUUGGGCCCUUUUUAUAACACUGCUUAUGGUGGCCUUUUGUUUGGGACGAUGAUCUUGAUCUGCACUUGCUAGUCUCCAUGUGAUCACCAAUCCAAGAAAUCGAUCCUGAUAAAGAAAGCGAUCUUCAGUACGAGAUCGUCUUCAUCUGGAUCAUCGGAAAUAUACCGUCGAAUGGAAUAAAGGUAAAGUCAAUUGGUAGUGACGUAACUGAGUGAUUGCGAUUCUAUUGGUGUCCUUUCAAAUUCCAUUGCAUCUUUUACUUUUUCAAAACUGCCAGAGGACGGACAUUUCUUUGUAGAUUGUCGUAGUAGAAGAGCUCAGCCAGCAGGUCACAUCGUGCCGCCAGCUCGUCUAUUAUAGCGCAGCGCCGGCCAAUGGGCGAUUUUUUAUGAUGUUUUGGAAACAACUCUGUUGAUUCCAGCGGAAUUUUCCGACAACUUCAGUUGUAUAGCUACACCUGGAGUUUUCAAGAACUUUGACUUUCCUUGUAGACCAUUUCCCGUUUCUUGACAGCACACAAUUGGGAGAUUUUAUUCUAGAUAUUCUUCUUCCAUACUAUAGAAUACGCUUGGAGGUUUUUGACCUAUUCCGACAGGACAGCGUGUAAACAACUGGACUAGUCCACUUAUGAUAGGCACAAGUUCACGCUAAGAUAAUGAUUAUGAUUUUAUGUUGGCUACAUCAUUGGAUUGACGGGUAGUCGCAGCCCGAUGCACCACCGUUGAAGAUUUCUUCAAUCGCGUAAGGUGGAGCAGAGGAGACACAUCUUGGUCUCUCCCGCGCAGGGUCUUCGUUGUCCAAGGCCUUCGUUGACAGAUGAUGUCAGGGGACGCUAGCGAACAACAAACCGGGAAGGGAGCUGCGUCUUCUACUGACGUGUCCAAACAAGCCACAGUAGCUCAAGGCAGUACUUGCAGAGGAUCAAGCAGCUCGACGUCCAAUGGUGCUGCGGCUCCUGCGUUGACCGGAGGUCCAGGGAAGAACGGAACGGCAACUUCAAGUAGCUCCAGCUCAUCAAAAGCAGCUACCGGAGCUGCCGCUACUUCGCCGAGCAGCGGAAGUUCUGUUGUAUCUUCGUCCUCCGCCCCGGGGCUGCACCAGGGUGGAAAAGCAAGUGCAGGCAAGGAAGGCAGUAUGUCAUCAACUAAUGGGCAGCUCGCGGCCCCCGCGCCGCCGUCGCAACCAGGAGCGGCUAGUACAACUAGUUCGGUCUCAAAAAGUAGUGACGGCGCACCCGCCUUUUCGUGGGCAGACCGCCUGAAGAAGUCAGUCGCUGCAGUUCCGGGCGGGCCGCACACGGCUGAUGGAGGUGUGGGUCCGUCAGCCCUUCUGGCAGGGCUGAAGAUCCCGAGCAAAACAAUGGCUCAUGGUACUGCAGUUUUGAGUUGCAUGAGAUGAAUCAUUCUUGAUGUAUAUAUCUGCUUUUAAUACUUGUACUUCCUCUUCCUCUACUUUCAGACACACAGGAGGGUAUAGUUAGGUGUAGAAAUCGUAAUGCGAAAUAAACGAAUGCGAGUCUUCCUCUUCAUGCUCUCUCGCCGACAGGAACCGGCCAACGACUUUGUCAUUUGAGUUUUCAUUUUCUCUCAGGGCUUCCCCCAUCGCCAUCAGGCUCUUCUGGAAGCGAUGAUGCGAACAAGGAAAAGCGAAGUAAGGGUUCCCCAAUUACAACAUCCGCAGUAAGCCCGAACCCCAAAGGCCCAGGGAUGAAUAUUGUAUCCAGCGGCCAAAAAGGCGCAGCUUCCGCCCUCGCUGAAAGCGACAGAACGACCGAGACCGCGCAAGCCGCGAAAGAGCCCAUGCAACAAAACGUGCCUUCCUCUGCACCGAGCUCCGGCGGUAGCGGUACGAGCAUACCAGUAGCAGCAUUGGGAUCAACUACAUCUGCAAGGAGUAACUUGAACAACACCGAGCAGUCCAGGCCCAAGGUAAAGCUGUCCUCUCCCGAGACACGGCUGAAGGCGCGGGAGCUUCUUGCGGCUGCUUCUGCGUCUUCCUCUGGGACGGAGGACGAUGUUGGCGUAGACGAGAAACCCGCUUCGGUCAGCACGGGAGGACCGAGUGGGAAGCAGAAAGAAGCUGCAAGCCCGCCAAGAUGGUGCGAUAUAGUAGCUUCCUCGUCCGCCAGCGCCACGCCUUCGGUGGCAAGUGUAAGUAAAGGUAGCUGUCCCGCAGGCAUUGCUAGUACCUCGGCUGCAGUCGCACCACCUCUCCCAGCUGUCCCCAGCAGUUUGCCAUUAACAUCGCAGACACAGCACCGCGACACCAAUGGCAUUGCAUCCCAAUCUUCUACGCAGUUGUCAGGUGCUGGUGGUGCAACCGCUUCCAAUUGGUCUAACAAAGAGGCACCUGGUGCGCCGUCUGCGAAAGCAACGUCAGCAUCGAAAGCGGUACUAGAAACAGUGCCAGUGACAGCAAAGCAGACCCCGCCAGUGUCUGCUAAACCGGAAGGAGAAGGUACGAGUAAUGUCGACACAGGUGAGGCGUCCGCGUCGGCUCCGGCUUCUUCAGCGAACAAAGGAGACAGGAAAAAUUCAUCGACGUCGCCGACGAGAAAAAAGAAGAAGGGCAGGGGAAGUAUCGAUAAAACGGACAGCACGACAACAUCGGGUGAAAAUAAAGAAGCUAGUAGCGGCCCGCCCAUGAAUAAGGGAACAACAGCACAGCGCAAAGCGUCAGGAUCUUCAGGCACUGCUGGCACAACUACUUUGCAGGACUUGGAAGUGGUCAAUGUGGGUUCGAUUGAAGCCAACAAAAAAAGCGUCGGGAAGACGAGCGCAGCACCGUCGAUUCCUCUCCCAAAUAGCAGCAAGGCGUCGACGCUUUCUGGCGGCGAGAAGACGCCGGCACAGGAGAUGAAGGAAAAGGUGCAGGAGCUGUUACUCGCAGACAAGAACCUGAGCAAAACGGCUGGAGGUGGCGUUGCAGGAGCUGGUGCAGCAGGAGCGUCAACAUCAUCUGCGACGCCUAGUUCACUGGCAGGGGGCAAGAACAAUAAAAACGACAAUUACAACAGGCCGCACGCGUCUUCGGCGGACAAGAAGGUGAGCGAAUUGAUAACACUCACCCAUCAGCAGGCACAGCUCCUGGCUGGACAGCAAUUUUACCAAAACCAACAUUUGGCAUAUGAAAUGCAGCGCCAGCAGAACAAUAAAGACAAUUUCCACCCUGGACCUCGCAAUAUGGGUACGGGCGGGGCGAACAACUUCCAUAACACAGCAGUUGCUCCUCAGCACGAUCAUACGACAGCUAGUAGCACGGCGGCCUACAGCUGGGAGCAACAGCAGCAGAUGCAACAACAGAAAGGAGUAGGACCUGUCAACAGCAAUGUCGCUAGCUUCCAAGCGCUACAGCAGCAAGCCCAAGAGCUGAUCAACAUAGGCAACGCAGUGGGUAGCCUAAGUGGCAGCGGCACGCCGUCGCCGGACUUUCUUCAAGGCGCCACCUACGGCGCCGAUGCGCAUCAUGGUACCGCGGCCGCCUAUCAGCGGACACCGCGAGCGCAAUACCAGGGCGAAACGCAUACGAAGGGAGGAGGGAAACACAACUAUCAGGAGCAUGUCCAGUUCCAACAACAGGCGCAAACCUCGAACAAAGGAAUGCAUAAGUCUGCAGCUUCAUCAACGUCGGGUAAUAAAGAGUUUUCCAAACAAGGCAAUGCGAAGGGCGCAGCAGACAAGAACCAUUCUGGAGCAGGAGGUGGUGCUUUGAGUACUUAUGGAAAUAACGCGUCCUCUGAUGGUGCUUCCUACAACAAGGGCAAGUGGGGCGAUGGAGGAGGUAGCUGGUACAGCAACAAUCAGUACAAUAACCCGCACUACAGCGAACAGCAACAGUACAGUCAGUACAGUCAGCACAACUACAACCAGCAGAGCAAUUACAACCUCCAACAGAAGGGCGGGGGCAAGGACCACCAGCAGCACAUUCAGCAGAAGGGCCAUGUUGUGAACAAUAAAGACCAGAGCGGCGGCGCCGGUGGUCAUCACAACAAAGAACAGCAGCACAGUGCCGGUAAGGACUACCAAUACAACAGCUAUAGUCGCGGCGUCAAGGGUGGAAAAACUGGAUCAGAAACUAUAAUUAGUCAGGGGGAGUACCACCCGCCGCCAACGAAGCAGGUGUGGAAUACUUGGGGAGGUACGAAAGGAGCGACAUCUUCAAAAGGAGGACAGACUGGCGAGUAUAACCAGACUCACGGCGGAUCCCACGUGUCUGCAAAACGGGGCGUCAACCCCGAUGGCACCACGCACACCCGAAUCAACCUGAAAGACGGAGACUCAGGGCGUACUUCAAUGUUUUUCACCUUAGAAGGAAUGUAAAUCUGUUAUUGCUUUUUCAGUUGUGCUUGUUUCCAUUUGCUUGCAUGAGGCAUACAGAAAAAGAACGAGAUCGAGAUGAAAACGGCUUGUGUACUAUGAUCGCGUCCCUUGCGGCAUAGACAACAACUGCGAAAAGAAAUCUCAGUCUUCAUCUUGAAGAACGUGAACGAAAACGAAUCUCAGGCGUCGGCGUGCUGGACGAUGACAUUGUGGAGGCCCUGCAUAAACCGGAGAUGCGGAGCUUCUUGCUGCGGUUCGAACGCAACAUGCUGCUGGCAUUGGUGAAUCCCAACGUAGAGCGUGUGAAGUUUACGACUCCGUUCAAAUCGUACCAGCGCCGUCUUGUGCACAGGUUGGCGGACUACUACGGUUAUGAGCGCGAGGUGACUGGCAGGAGCGCGGAGGAGAAAAGCAUCACGCCCAGCGGGGUGGAACAGAAAGCGUACCUGACGCUUUUGAAGACCAAGCAGACGCAAAUGUCCAAGCCAAACCUGUUGGAAAUCUGCCAGUCGCAAAAGUUGGAGCUGCCUGAAAAGUUCGCCAAUGGCUACCAGUUCUCCACCACAUUACAAUUACCGAAGAAAGACAUAAAAGCAGGUACUUUACUUAGAAAUGAAAGUGGGUUGGGGUUCAUCUUUCUUUCUUUUUCGUUUGUUUUUUUUGCUUUAUGAUGUCAUCCACACAAAAUCAUGCCUGUUGCUGGUACUGUGCGAUCAUACUUUGCCAUUCACACAAGCAACAUCACAACUUUUUCACUUCCUCUGAUACGCAGGCGGCAAGGACAACAAGCCUCGAAGUGGUGCGGAACUGACGAGCAUUCUCGAGGAGGGAAACGAGAGUGAAGAGGAGGAAUUCAUUCGACAGGAGCAACACUUUUCCUCGCCAGUACGCGGAGCGCCGGGCGGCGGGCCCGACGCAUCAAACCAGGAAAAUAAUUCUGACGAGGCCACGCCGGCAGAACAAGAACCGUCCUCGAAGGAAGCAGCUCCCACGGCCAGCAGCUCCUGCGCCGGGAGUGCCACCGCCAGUGCGGCGUCGUCGACGCCCGGAACAGCGACCCAGAGCAAGGCCACGCUGGAGCAAAAUCCUGCAGGACCGGCCGCGACCAGCAGAAGUCCGAAGCGGUCGUCUGGGAGGCGGACGCUCACCGGGGAAGCAUCAAACUCUGCGAGCAGCAGCAAAAACAGCACGACGGCCGCCCUCGCUGCCGCCACGCCCGACCUGCAACACAACUCGUCAACCGCUGCCACGGGCGGCGCUGUGACGACGGACGACGAGCAACCCGGCCCCUUUGACCGCACGGCUUCGGACGCCAGUCUGAGCAGCAGUAGAACCGGCACGGAGAAGAAGAUUCAGCGGCCCAUGAUCGUGCGCCGCCGGACCGAGGACCAGAGCGAUACGAAUAAAUCCUCCAAGGGUGCCGCGAACAAGGACAAGGAGGCGAAAGAUAUCACGGAGCUCACCUACGAGGAGCGUGAGAGGCUGUACCAGGAAGCGCGGGCCGCCGUCCUGGGGGAGGACUUCGACAAGGAGCAGCAGAAAGCGCAAGAGCAAGAACAGUUGCAGCAAAGCGCGGCUGGUUCUGCGGCAAAGAGCGGCGCUGGUGCACAACUUUCAUCUGCAGCUCCUUAUCCUGUGCAAAAGUAUCGUACUCGUAUAAAUCCAACCUUUUCUUUUUGCAUGAAAUAGUAUAGAAGUUGGUGAGAAGCUGUUGCGAUGUUGGUGCGGAAGUUGGUGCGAAGUGGGUGGAGAAGUUGGUGGGGAAGUUGGCGCGGAAGCCGUUCAGAAGUGGCGGAACGUGCUGGCAUCGUCAGCACGUUCUCUGGUGUCAGGCGUGGCGCGUGACUCUGCCGCGACGAGUUCUAGCGCCUUGGCCGCUUGCAGUUGCAGCUGUAUGGGCUGGAAAGAAUUGCCCGGCAGAUAAAUAGAAAGACGGCCACACUCAUUCUUUCCAUUUAUCUGCAGCGCAGUUCGGCACGUCCGCACGACGGCACCAUGCGCGCAACGUAUAGAAAAGGCGGCAAAGGUUGCGCCUGUGAUGGCUGCACGCAAAGACGCAAACACCGGGAAAAAAAUGAAGCUGCGCGCGCCGUUGUGGAGCCGGAGCUGCACGCCGCAGGAGCUAGCUUCUCGCCAACUUCUCAACAACUUCUCGGCCAAUAUAUUAAUCAAAUUCAUUCAUUUCGCAAACGCCUUUGCUUUUCUUGUGCCAAAAAACGCAGCUUUGCGUGCAACCUACACAAUAUGCCGCGUUUUUUGCUCCACAGCUUCUAAACAGCUUCUCAACAACUUCUCAACAACUUCUCGGCCAACAUAUCUGACAGAUUUGGCGAGAAGUUGUUGAGAAGUUGUCGCGCAAUUCAUGAUCUAGAGGAUGCUCUGCUUUUGCCAACAGACCACUUUUCAAAGCCCAAAACCUUCCUGCAAAAGCAGGUUUUGGAGCUCCCGCAGCGCUCACAUUUGCGCAGAGGCGCGACCGCAGUAUGCACGGCCAAACUGAUUCGUGACGGCACACGCGGCCACGAAUCGAGAUCCGGGAAACUCGUGAGACAGCAGCCAAAUGCAUGGCGGUACAGAAAUUGGAACGCCUACAGUUCAAAUCCGCACCAAGCCCCCGAACAAACCCACCCGCUGACUCCCGCCAAUUUCUCAACAGCUGGGAAGUUGGUGAAAAGGUUAGGAGGAAGCUGGUGAGAAGUUGGGGGAAAGUUGCCUAAAAGUACGUGAGAAGUUGUAGAAAGGUUUCAUGCAAGAAAAGGUCGGAUUUAUACGAGUGCGAUACUUUUGCACAGGAUACUCCUCCUGCAGGUGCAAUUACCAGCGACACGAGCACGAAAACAACACCAACGCUAGCUCCGGUGCCUCCCCAGCCGAAGAUGAGCGGUGGUGCGCCACACCAAAAGGGGGCCAAAACGAAGAUCGGGUGGAACGGUAGGGCCGUAGCUGCAUCCUCGACGAGCGACGGCACAGGUGGAAAGAUGGCGGCAGCAAAUCAGGACAGCAGCAAAAUGGCACCAAAUAACUCGCAGGCGACCAAUAAUAAUUUUUCCCUCCAGAGUUCCCCCCACGACACGCACGCGCAACACCAAUACAAGUCUAGCAAUCCCCAAAACAAGAACCUCGACCGGUCAGACCCCGAAUUCCAGACGGACAGAAGUACACCGAACCGACGCAGUUUCAACAUGCAUCAACAUCUGCCACCGGGUAAUAUGCAUCCACCCGAAGGAGGUAGUGGACCACCUAUUAGUGCGGGGGGUCCGAGUACCAUUCCUGUUGCCGCGGCUGGAGGUCUUAAUAACAUGAACGGGGCUCAAGCUCAACAUCUUCACCAUCCGCAUAUGAUAUCGACAACCGCAGCGCAAGCAGCGAUGUACAACAAAACCUUUCCUGCUGCAGCUGGCACGCACCAGAUGGCGGCUUCCAAUCUUACCACUCCAAUACAUCCAGCGGCAAAUAACACGACGGCACCCCCCGCGCAGUUCGGUGUUGUGAACCCUCCACCCGCUCCCGCGGCGUACAGCAGUUUUUUUCCCCAAGUAAACCCGAAUAGCAUUAUGGUGAAUCCGUUGGCGCUGCGCAUGAUUGGCGCACCAGGAAGUUCGGGAGUCGUGACCGCUACCGGCCAACAUCACGUCGGUGGUGCUCAUCCUCUCGCAGUUGCGAAUAUGGUUCAACACCCUGGAGGCGCUGGCAACACGAUGAACAAUGUAAUCAUGAUGAAUGCCCAGCAACAGCAACUGCAACUGCAUCACAUGGGCACACCAGGCGGGGUGUCUGCUGGUCAUCCUCAUCUGCCACCUCCACAACACCACCAGGGCCAUCUUCCCCUUCUCUUCUCUGCGGACAACUUCAAUCAGCAUUUGCAAAGCUGGCAGCACAACUUGCAGCAGCUCAAUCCGUGCAGCGGCGCCCAGGAGCCAGGGAGUGAUUACACGGUACAAUAAACAGGAUAUUGUUAGUACUGUUGACAUAGAACAAAAAGAAAUAGAAAAUCGCCUGUCACAUUGAUUUCUCGUGUCCGGCCGCGUUUGCGCCUUCUAACGGAACUAUACUUCUCGUUUUGGUUCCUGGGCCACAUCGAUUCUUUACAAUUUUUUUUAAAUGUUGAAAUCUUGUUCAGGCGCAGAACACUCAACCACCUAGCCCGGAGAACCGCCGAGCGCCUGGAUAAAGCCCCGGAUUGUCAACCUCGAAUGUAUCCAAACGAUGAGGACACCUAUCGUGGAGAACUCGGAGUAGCCCAGAGCUAUGAAGUCAACUUUCACAAUGAACAAGCGUUUUUCAUCCAACUUGACAAAAAUAGAACCGAUCGAAGAUCCUACAGAUCGCGAAAUGAAACAUCCAAGAGCUAUCAAGCUAUCAACGCAAGAAACGAAAAAAAUUUUGGCCUAGCACACAACGCGAAAAUAAGAAUAAUAACUUGAGCUAUACAGGUGUCGCUCCGAAU